UAAAACGCAUACGCAGGGUUAUGAGUCAGAGUUCGUCGUCUGAGAAACACGAACCAAAUGAUUCCCAUAUGUCCAGUGGUCUCCUUCACCUAUGUGCCCAGCCGGCUUGGUGAAGAUGCCAAAAUGGCUACCGGCAACUACUUUGGAUUUACCCACGGUGCUGCUGCGCAGUACAGUCAGCAGGCGGGCCCGGUGGCCUACUCCCACCCUACCACUGUGGCCAGCUACACGGUACACCAGGCGCCGGUGGCGGCCCACACUGUGGCAGCAGCCUACGCUCCCACCGGCGCCACAGUUGCCGUAGCCAGGCCCGCCCCCGUCGCCGUGGCAGCAGCAGCCACCGCCGCGGCCUACGGAGGGUACCAGCCGGCGCACGCCACCGCCGACUACGGCUACGCCCAACGCCAGCCGGACGUCCCCCCGCCGCCUCCCCCGGUCACCUCCCAGAACUACCAGGUGGGUUACCAGGACUCCUACUCCUACGUGCGGUCCACGGCGCCGGCGGUAACCUACGACCCUAAGCAGUACUACCAGCAACCCGUAGCUAGCGCUGCGGUAGCCGUACAGCCCCAACCCACGGCCGAGGCUUACUACCAGACCGCUUCCCUUAACACAUCCUGGGACACCACGUGGAAGAAAACCCUACCAGCUCCUAAAACAGGCUACAGCCAGGCCAGUCUGACCCCCUACACACAGACCCAGCAGACCAGGCAGGUGACGGCCGUCAAGCCUGCCGCGCCCUCCCCCGCCACCUCCACCUUCUCCAUCUACCCCGUCUCCUCCACCGUUCAGCCUGUGGCCGCCGCCGCCUCUGUCGUCCCCUCGUACUCCCAGAGCCCCACCACGUACUCUGGUAAGCACGACAUGCAAGCUGUGACCAGUAUGCAUUACCUGCCGACCACCUACUCCACCAACGCAGUCACGUACUCCCAGAGCCCCACGUACAGCACCAACCCAGUCGCCUACUCUGGCACGUCGUAUUCUGGGUAUGAAGCGGCGGUGUACUCGGCUGCCUCCAACUACUACCACCAGCAGCAGCAGCAGCAGAAACAGGCCGUGGCGGCCGUGGCAGCUUCAGCCUGGACAGGCAGCUCCUUCACCAAGAAACCUCCCUUCCAGAGCAAGCAGCUGAAGCCCAAGCUGCCGGCCAAACCACCACAGAUCCACUACUGUGACGUCUGUAAGAUCAGCUGUGCCGGACCACAGACCUACAAGGAGCACCUGGAGGGCCAGAAGCACAAGAAGAAGGAGACCGCCCUAAAGGUGUCCCAGAGCAGCAGCAGUGGUGGUGGAGGGGUGGGCUCGGCCCGGGGGACUCAGAACCAGCUACACUGUGAGCUCUGUGACGUCUCCUGCACCGGCGCCGAUGCGUACGCUGCACACAUCAGAGGGGCCAAGCACCAGAAGGUCGUGAAGCUCCACACCAAGCUGGGGAAGCCCAUCCCUUCUACGGAGCCCAGUGUAGUGACCCAGACCCCCUCGUCCACCACGGCCGCCCCCUCCAAGACCCCUGCUUCCUCUUCCACCACCCUCACAGGCUCCACCACCUCUAACUCUUCCUACCUGAAACCGGUCAACAUUGUCAGCCAGGGUAGUGUCGGGGCUGGGCUAGGGAAGGGUCCAGCCGUCAACAGCCUAUCCGUAGCUGUCAAGAAAGUCAACACCCCCAAGAUCAACUUUGUUGCUGGAAACAAGCUCCAGACUACUGGGAAGGUGACGGAGGAAGCCAAGAUGGAGGCAUCCAAACCUCCUCCGCCCUCAUUGGUCCCACAGGUUCAGGAGUCCAAGAACGAGUCCUCCGAUUCCCUGGCCGCCCUGCAGAGUGACGUGCAGCCUGUUGGACAUGACUAUGUGGAAGAGGUGCGUAACGACGAAGGCAAGGUGAUCCGGUUCCACUGUAAGCUGUGUGAAUGCAGCUUCAACGAUCCCAACGCCAAAGAGAUGCAUCUGAAGGGCAGGAGACACCGCCUGCAGUACAAGAAAAAGGUGAACCCAGAGCUGCAGGUGGAGGUGAAGCCCUCUAUCAGAGCCAGGAAGAUCCAGGAAGAGAAGAUGAGGAAACAGAUGCAGAAGGAGGAAUACUGGAGGAGGAGAGAGGAGGAGGAGAGAUGGAGGAUGGAGAUGAGACGUUACGAGGAGGACAUGUACUGGCGUCGUAUGGAGGAGGACCACCACUGGGACGAGAGACGUGGGGGACCCAGGAUGCCAGGGGAUGGACCUUACCCCCAGGGGCCCCCUGGACCUCCUGGACUACUGGGGGUCCGACCUGGCAUGCCCAUCCCUCAGCCCCAAGGACCUGUGCCUCCCCGUCGCCCGGACUCGUCAGACGACCGCUACGUGAUGACGAAGCACGCAGCCAUCUACCCCUCUGAGGACGAGCUGCAGGCCAUCCAGAAGAUCGUCUCCAUCACAGAGAGAGCCCUCAAACUGGUCUCGGACAUCACCGAUCAGGAGAAGACCAAGGAGACUACUGGGGAGGAGAAGGAGGAGGAGGUCCCCAAGACUGCCCAAGACAGAGCUCUGAAAGGAGUGAUGAGGGUGGGGGUGUUGGCUAAAGGACUGCUUCUCCGUGGAGACAAGAACGUAAACCUGGUCCUGCUCUGUUCAGACAAACCCACCAAGACCCUGCUGAGUCGCAUAGUGGAACACCUACCCAAGCAGCUUCUGCUGGUGACCCCAGAGAAGUACGAGGUGAAGGGCUCCAUCCAGGACUGCUCCGUCGUCCUGACGUCUGGAGCCGACCCCAAAAUGACAGUCACCGUGACCCUGACCUCCCCCAUCAUCCGAGAGGAGGAGACCCCUGCCACACCCCCGCCACGGGAAGGAGAUGUAACCGGGGGCUUGGUGCGAGACCCGGCGGACGUCUUGGACAGGCUAAAAUGCCUUGACGGUCUAGCGGCUCUCCGCCACGCUAAGUGGUUCCAGGCUAGGGCCAACGGACUCCAAUCCUGUGUGAUUGUUAUUCGUAUCCUGCGUGACCUCUGUCAGAGGGUUCCCACGUGGUCCGCCUUCCCCAGCUGGGCCAUGGAGCUGCUGGUGGAGAAGGCCAUCAGCAGUGCCUCCGGCCCCCUGAGCCCAGGCGACGCGUUAAGACGAGUCUUUGAAUGUAUUUCCUCCGGGAUCCUGCUCCCCGGUGGUCCGGGGUUGGUCGACCCGUGUGAGAAGAACCCCACCGACACCCUGACAACCAUGGACGAGCAGCACAGGGAGGACAUCACCUCAAGUGCCCAGUUUGCUCUGCGGCUGCUAGCGUUCCGGCAGAUCCACAAGGUGCUGGGCAUGGACCCAUUGCCCCAGAUGAACCCUCGCUUCAACGUCCGCAACAACCGCAAGCGUCGCCGAGACAUCGACGGAGCGGACGGCUUCGAGGGCGAAGGGAAGAAGGACAAGAAAGAUUUGGACAGUAGCUACUAGGACUAGUUAUCCCCCUUUUUAUUCAUUUAAAGUAGUCUGUGGCCACGUUCCAGGCGGACUACGUUGCAGUCGCCUGCCAGAUCUAACAACACCCGGAUAAGGCAUUUUUAAGAUGUGAGCUAACCGCAUCCAUAUGAUAUAGCAUUGUUCUGAUGCCAGUUUGCACAGUCAAUAACGCGGUUGAUGCCGGCAGCAAGACUGCAAUGUAGUCGGCCUGGAACGCUGCCUGUGUGUACCCUUUUUCUGUUGUCUCUAGAUUCUAAACAAACCCCCUUGUUAAUAUCAAAAGACCACAUCGGAUAGGGCCUGGUUCUGUAAGCUGUGUAGGACAGGGUUGUAUUCUUUAGGGGCAAAGUUUUUUUUGCAACGAAAAAAGAAAAUGAGUUCUUAUUGGACAAGUCCAGAUAAUGUCAGCCUGUUUUUCUUCCAUUUUGGUGCCUAAUACAAUAGGACCCUGUUUUGACUGCAGCUCGCUGUAUAGGAAUACUGCAGUAACCCAGUUUGUCCACGAUGUUCGGUUUUGGCUUAUUGAUCAAUAUGACCUGUGGUUGGGACCUAAACUUCUCUUUCGUAGCCGAUUCUACUUUUACCCCUCUGCUUCUCCAUGACAACGGGGCUUCCUUAGCAUCUACUCCUUAGACCUUUUUUUUUUGUUUUCUUAUUUUCGAGACCGUCUUUCCAGUCUGUCGAGUUAUGAAAAAGACAGUGAGAUCUAAUUUUGUUAGUUGAUCAAUCAGGAGACUCAUAAUAAAUGUAAAUGCCUAACAUGCAUGUUAUUUCUAGUUGCAUACAUUCAGUGUUUGCUGUUAGUGAGAGUUUUAAUAUCCAUUGUGAAGCCCAUAAUACGAUCAGUCGCCAGUAAUGUUUUAUUUUCCUAUAAGCUGUAAUUUUGAAUAUGGUUUCUUCUUUUAAGUGGCAUAAUGCUUAAAGUGGUGUAAAAGCUGUGGUCUUGUCCCAUUAAGGCCGGACUGCGAUGUGUUCUAAUAUUUAACACAGACCCCUUUAGCUGGGGCAUUGAUGUACUACAUUUCUGAAGAAAACAGAUUCCUAAUUCGUUGUUAGUAGUUAUUAUUCUCUUAAUAUAUGAAAAUAUACCUUUAAUCUUGCAAUGGAUCAAAAAGUGUUUGGUUUAUUGAAGAGUGCAUGGCCGUGUUUUCAGAUUUUUUUUGUUAUUUUAUGGCUUUUUAACACGUUUUGGUUUUACAGAUUAAUUAUAAUGGGGAAAUGUAAUGGCUUGCCCCCUAAUCUUGGUUUAAUGCUGCGUAAAUAGUUCAUUUGAAUAAUCUAACAGUUAAAAAAAGACAAGUGUAACGUUGAUGUUUGUUGUAAUUGAGGUUUAAAUGUAGAGCCAUUCUUUGACGCCUGACCGUCAGCCUCUUGUCUCAUCACCUGCUUUACCACGGGCAGAAUAAAGACAUUUCCUGAAUGAA